AUGUCCCGCUGCUCCAGACAGACAAGACCCCGGCGCCAUGGCAACCGGGCUGCCCCGGGCCGCCGGUGCGGGGCUGGGCCCCUCAUCUGCACCGUGCGAGUCCUUACAGGUCACCCUCGGAUUUCCUCACGAAACUUCAACCGGCUUGUCCGUCUCCUCCUGUGUACAUGUUGCUUCAAAUGGAACAAUUGCCAGGGUUUAGACUCUGGGAAAAAAAAUCCUAAGGGUGCGAAUCCUGGAAAUGAAAACACUGCGGGUGUUGGAGAUCCGAGAAAUAACGCGGAGCAGAAGCAACUGGAAAUACUCGGCUCGUCGGACGUUAUGGAGGGAGAGGGAGUUGAUGCGGAUGUUCGGGCAGCCACUGGGGGUGGUGACCUGGCGGGAGGACCCAGCGGCAGCAUGGUGGUGGAGCGGGCCGGCAGCGGGGGGACCGGGGAGCGGGCCGGCAGCGGGGGGACCGGGGAGCGGGGGGAGGCCGCCGGGGGGGCCGGGGAGCGGGGGGAGGCCGCCGGAACCAGGGCCGUCCUCCAGCAGAACCGGCAGUUCCUCGACUUCUUCUGGGACAUCGCCAAACCCGAGCAGGAGGUGCGGCUGCGGGGGAUCCGUGGGCUGCUCGAGUACCUGAGGAGCAGCGAGGGUGACGAGCUUCAAUAUGCAAUCAAGCGACUUAUUGAGGGCCUGGCAGCGACUCGUGAAACAGCUCGUCCUGGCUUCAGUUUGGCCCUGGCACAGGUCCUGCAAUUCAAUGAGGAGAUCUCUCUGCAGACAAUCCUGGAGCAGAUUAAAAUGAAACAUGAUAUAACGAAAACUAAGAAGAAACUCAUCAGAAAUGCUGCAUUUGGAAAUCUCUUUGGUGUCUUGGCACUCUCACAAUCUGGAAGACUAUUAAAGGACCCUGAUGUUCUUUUGGAGUCAGUCCGACUGUUGCAAAGCCUCAGUCAAUAUAAACAACACCUCCGGGAUCUGCCAGGGAAAACUAUUGUGGACAUCCUAUCUGAGACCCCAGAGGACAUAUUUAAGAAGGUUCUGUUUGGAGCCUUGAAGGCGGACAUGUCGUCUGCUUUCAGCAGCCCAUCGCAGUUGCAUUUGCUCUUGGUGGCUCUCCAACGCUUCCCAAAUGUUCUGAAACCUCAAAAUCUGAAAACUUUGCUCGGAUCCUCUACUAUUUUGUCACCAGGAAAUAUUCCCAAGUUAAUUGAGUUGCUGAAAGUUGCUGCUAAGUCUGUGAAGAAGGAUCAGACUCUGCCACCACUUGCCUUGGAUCUGGUGCGUGUUGCCUUACGGGAGGGCACAUUCGACACAUUUUGGAAGGAGCUGGUGGAAAACGGCUUGCUCAAGGACCGUUCAGGGCCCACCAGCUAUCUGUGUUUCCGGUUACUUGGCAACACAUUACCAUUGCUAAAUCUGUGUCAGCUCAACCUUGUUCUCACAGGGGAAGUGAUGAGGCACUAUGGGGACCAUGUGGUUUCAGCUCAGCUCCCAAAAAGGUUCAGAUUCGCACCUGAAAUGGAGAAGUGCGUUGACUCAUUUCUUGAAAGCACCCAGGAUGGGAUAAAACAGUUCACGGUGAUAAAGGGGUUCUCGUGCCUCACUAACAAUGGUCAUCCCAUUAUCCCCAGCUACUGGAAGGUAGUCUGUCAUCUGCAGUCUUCAGUUUUGCUGAAGUAUGUCGAUUGGUUGAAAAGCAUGUUCGUCAGCCCAGACUUGGACAGCUGCAUAGACUUCAGCACCAAGCGACAGAAAGAGAACCAACAGCCAGCUGACCAAGCUCAGCACUCAGUGAAGCGACUGAGGAUGUGGAUUGUUGCACGUCUGAUCUCAAUUGUAGAGAAUGGUCAAGUGAAGAAAGAGGAGGAUCUGGUGAUGGAUAUCGCCAGGUUUAUUUUCUUCCAUGGUUUUUUCGGAACUAAACAUUACACACCUGACAUCCCAGAGACUGAAGUCAAGCUGACUGUUCCCCUGGAUGACAACACACGGGAUAUGAUUGCAAACUCCUUCUUUGGUCUAUUGAACCAUCUGAAUUCCCUGCCUCCGCUGGGCGACUCUGCAGAACUUGGGGACAGGAAUGAGAAACGCGUGUUGGGAGUCACGGCGGAUGGGAAUCUGUGGAUCUACUGCUUGGUUCAAUAUGCAAGUGUCCUGCUGUCACAGGAAAGGUUUGUCCGAGCCAUCAAACCCUUCACGCAAAAGCAGAGAGAAGCCUGGGACCGAAUGCUCCAGUCCGUUGAAAAUCUGCAGAAAAAAUCAAAAACUGCUCAGAAACCGGAGGCCUCAGCCUUUCAGCUGCUCUUCCUGCUUGUAGGCAUACAGCUGUUCCAGGUUGGGGAGGAUUCUCUGGACCUAUUAAGUGACCUGCACAAGUGUUUGGAGGAGUGGGAGCGGAAGAAAAUGAAAAAGCGUUCAAAGCACGUAACAAAGAAGGAAGAGCCAGAGUGGGUCGAAGUGGUGGUUGAAAUCUUGCUGUCCUUUCUCUCCCAACCAAGUCGUUUGAUGCGACAAGUCUCGAAAAUGGUGUUUAUGCGCAUCUGUCCCCACGUGACUAAGGAAGCACUGCAGCUCAUCCUGGAUGUCUUUAAACCAGAAUCAGAAGAAGAUGAGAGUGCUGUGAUAGUAACUGAAGAGUUUGAGAGGCCGCAAACAAAAGUUGACUGCUCGCAUGAAGAUGAGAUGGAGAGUGAGAGUGGCAGUGAUGAGUCGGAGGAGGAAGAGGACAACGAUGGCGACGAUACUGCUGAUGACAGUGAUGAAGACCAAAGUGGUAGUGAGGAGGAGGGUGAGGAGGAGGAGACGGUGGAUGAGAAUUUUCGCACGGAAUUGAUGAAGGUCCUGCAGGCAGCAAACGUAAUGUCCAAGGAGGGUGAGAGCAGCAGUGAUGAAGAGGUAGAUGAUGAAACAAUGAUGGCAUUGGACAAGAAUAUCGCUGCCCUCUUCUCUGAACGCAAGAAACGACUUCAGGCUGCAAAGGAUGAGAAGGGAAAGAUGGUGAAAGAGAAGACCCUACGGAAAAAUUUUAAAAUAAAGGUCCUGGACCUCAUUGAGAUUUUCCUUGCGAAGCAACCUGAGAAUCCACUUGUUUUUGAUAUCAUUGAGCCUUUGAUUGCGAUCAUCGAAGAAAGCCUGAGCUCUCAUUCAAACCAGCAGGAGCAAGAUUACCUCCGCAAGGCUGCAGAAAUCUUCAAGAAUCAGCUGUGCAAAGCCAAGAGCUACUGCCAAGAUAUCUCUGACGUGAAGGAGAAUUUGCACAAGUUGAUGGAGCAACUGGUGACUCGAGCCUCCAAGCAAGCAGAUUCUUCAGUGUCACUUUACUGCUUCAGUGGAGCCCUUUAUCUCUUCAGAGUUCUGAAAGGAAAAGCGAUCAAACCAGCCAUAACUGGCAUGAGUGAAGAGGAGGAAAAAACUGAAACUGGACAGGUUGAUUCAUUUGGAAGCUUGGAUAUCAACCGAGUGACUGAACUUUAUCAGGGGGCGCUGACCCUGUUUAUGAACAGACGGAAGAGUUCCCUAACUGGAUCUAUGUUUGUUGAUCUCUUCAGUCGUUUCCCUGUCAUGUGUUGUCGGUUGUUGCCACUUGCCAUUGUGUCCAUCACUGAUGGAGUCAGAGAACACCAGCGGGGUCAGGCCUGCUGUCUUGUCCUGAAGGCUCUGCAGUCCUUGGAGGUGAAGCAAUCUUUCUCAGGCAGCAAAUGGAACAAGCUCAUCACUGAAGUUAUUAGUCAAGUCAAACAGUGUUUGAAGACUGUGACAUCUGUCAAACUAAAAGUGGAGCAGGAAGAAGUGAGAAAAUGCUUGGAGCUGGCACACUUCCUUCUCAAGACUGUGACUCAACAGAAGCUCGAUGUCUCAGUAGCCGAGCUGAUUCCCGUCCUGCAGUCACUGGAGCAGCUGGAAGAUUUUGGCAAGGUCUCCCAAUUAUACUGGCACGUAAUGAAGCUUCUUGGAUUCAACCAACCAAAGAAGGAGAAGGUCAAACCACAGUUACCAAGUCCAGUAGCAGCAGAGGGAGCUCUUAAGAAAAAGAAGGGAUUUCUCCCAGAAACCAAGAAGCGGAAGAACUGGAAGAAGAAGAAAAUCCCAACCCAGGAGAGUGAGCAGACAGGGAAAGGAAACGCUGCUGGAAAACUGGAUGAUGUUCCAAAGGCCACGGGUGACAGUGUGGGCAAAAAGAGAAACAAGAAGAAGAGGAAGAAGAAUCCAGGUGGGAAGGCAACAAGCAACCCUGGGACAAACCAGGAGCCCCCGGCUAAAAAGCCCAAGAAAAAAUCCGACAGGAGCGAGCCAUAGCAAUUAGGUAGCCUAAAGGGCGCAGGUGAAGAGGAAAGCUCACAGAAAGCAAGGAGGCUACAAAAGCAAGGAAAGCAGAGUAAAUGGAGAGUGAAGGAAGUUUGAUUCCAGUCCUGCUGGGACUCCAUGGAUCUUGAGAACUGGACCACGGUACUUGAGGUGUGAGAAAACUCAGUGACUGAAGAUAGAUGUUCUGACAAAUGCCUACUUUGAAUAUUGCAUAUCAAGGACUUGUAAAAGACGGUUAUCUUGCUCAUGACCCAAUUGUUUUUAUUAAAGAGCCCCAUGAUGCGAGAUAUAGGAUCUAAUAUUUACUGUGUUCUUAAACCUGCAGGUUUCUUCUCCACCACUUGUCCGAUGAUUUUGAAAUCAAAAUUUAAAGUAUGUUCUCUUUCUUGGAAUUCUAUACUGUGGCUCAGCUGGACUUGUUCUACCUUUAAUUAUCAUUAUAGACACUGUGUGUGUCUAAACUGAGGGGAAUUGGCUGUGUUUGCCUUCCCCCUCCAAAAGUAUUUUGUUCAUAUUGGACUUUUUAAAAUAAAAGCAGUGGUCGUUAUCUUAAUCUGCUCCCUGUUUCAGGUGAGGGUACUGAGGGUUGAGGAGCAAAGCAGCUCAGUGGAGGUAAAGUAGGUCAAAAUGCGGUGGAAGCACUCCUUGAGGGAGUGGGUGGCUUCUGAAACUGAGCUACCAACUCCUACUCCAGAGUCAAGGGGCUCAUUUGUCCUUUUGGAACACCUCAAAAACUAUUUAGAGCCUUUCACCUGUCGGGUGUUGUGUUCAAGACCCUCCCUCUAACAUGCUUCAGUGAAAGACCUGAUAGCUUGAAACUUGCCCUCCGAGCACAUUACCUGCACACAGCAAUUCAGCUACCGAGAUUUGAGUGACCUUGGCUCUGGAAUAUAUUUGCCACAGGUUGGACAGUUUUCCAUUAAUUCAGGAAAUUAACUCCACUCUUGCAGGAAAAAUGAGGCACAACACCGUGGUGAGGAAGGUGUUGGAGUAAUGACAGAGUUUUGUUUGACACCAGUCUUCACUGGUUAUUUAGUUACGAUACUCGCAUCCACCUAAUGUAGGUAAUUGCCCAGGUAUGUCCUGUUCACAGGCCUGAGUGGCUCUACAAUCCCCUUGGUUCUGUGUACAUGUAACUUUCCUGAGGCCUGGAAGUCUACUACUUUAUAUCCAUUAAAUGGGUGUGUUGCUUUUCGUACUCAGUAGGUUGAGUGUGCUUUCGCCAGUAUUCCACCCAGCAGAGUUGGCUGGUCUGCAUUAAAACUGUUUGCCUGCGGUUCUGGACAUAGGGGUCACCUUCCUUCAGCAGUUCAAGAGAUAAAAGAUCUCCACUUCAGAUAUUCAUUCAGAAAUGAUCCAAACAAGCCUUGAAUGGGGAGAAGGAUCUGAACCUCAUGCUUGAGAGUUUCUCUUUAUUCUUUCUGCACCACAUAUAUUACUGAAUAUAGUCUUGCUGGCCAGUGAUGCACUAAUUGCCUAAUCCAAUUUUGGCUCUGCUGACCUGCAAUGCUGAUGUAUCCAGUGGUUUAGUAUCAGGCCCCUUGAGGUUUUAAUUAGCCCUGUCCAUAUUGGCUCAAAGUGACUAUGCUGAGCUUUGUGUGCAGCUGCAAUUGAUUUCUGUUUACAGCAAUAAAACUGAAGAAUGUCAAA